AUCUGUAAACAUGCCCCCGAAGAAGCGGCUCUCAUCUUUGCGGUGUUUGCACGGUCCGUGCAACACGUAUUUCGUAUCGACUCCAAUCGGCACCAUGCAGAUCCUGAGCUGUGCGAAUGGCCUUCAUUCGGUAGGGCAAGUCGAAGACCCAGAUUUCCAGCCCGAUCCCCAUUGCAUAAGUUGGUUCGAAGCCUAUUUCAAAUACCCGAAAUCCCUGGCAGACUUCAGCUUGCCACCGUUUUGCCAAUGCAUUUGCUCGCCGAAGGGCUUGUUCCUCGAGACAGUCUGGUUGACAUUGGCUUCGAAAGUACCUUUUGGAACCACAACGAGCUACGGAAGCCUCGCUAAGCUCGCGGGACGACCUGGUGCGGCGAUUGCAGUCGGGAGUGCCAUGCGAAAGAAUCCAUUCCAAAUCCUGGUGCCGUGCCAUCGUGUAAUAAAGAGCAAUGGCCAAAAUGGGAACUACUGCGGAGGAACCAAAAACCAACUGAAGAAUUGGCUCCUCGAUCACGAAAGAAAUUCUUUGUCUACUGAGCUCACAUCGCGGAGCGUAACGACUGUUUGUUAA